ACGGAGCAGGUUUUAAAAAUCUUGAUUUAAUCAACCAGUUUAAAUGUGAGCUGAAUUUAAGCGAAUCUCAAGCUUCAAAUCUAAUCUUCGGUCGAGAUUGAGAUACCCCUUUUAUUUGAAUGCAUUUUUGCGAAAGCUUGCUGCUGGUGCCUAUACGCCGAAAAAACUGACCCAACUCUCUUGGGGAACCUUUGAUCCUCACCAUGUGGAGGAACUCGGUGAGUUUCACACCAAAGCUGUUUUCAAACUUGAAUUAUUAUCAUCAUGGAUCGUGGUCUUCAUCGAUUUUCAAUGCAAACGGCUUUAUCAUUGUGCCGCAAUUCCUCUCGCGUUGCUCAUCGUCAUCCGCUGCCAUCCCUCCACCUUUAGGCUCACUAAAAUCUAGGUUUCUGAAACCCAAAUCUGAUGAAAUUCGAACUUUCUCCCCAUCUUCCUCGGUCGCCGCUGUCGAUCUCUCACCCUUUACUUCCGCGGUGCAAUUGGCUCGUCACUACAGCCGCUGCUAUUGGGAGCUCUCCAAAGCUCGCCUCAGCAUGUUAGUUGUUGCAACUUCUGGAACCGGAUAUGUUCUUGGGAGUGGCAAUGCUGUUGAUUUUGCAGGACUGUGUUGGACUUGCGCUGGUACAAUGAUGGUUGCAGCAUCUGCUAACUCAUUAAAUCAGGUGUUGGAGAUAAGUAAUGAUGCCAAAAUGAAAAGAACAAGGCAAAGACCACUUCCUUCAGGGCGUCUUACGAUACCACAUGCUGUUGCCUGGGCAUCUUCUGUUGGUUUAGCUGGCACUGCUUUGUUGACAUGCAAGGCUAAUAUGUUGGCAGCUGGGCUUGCAGCAUCCAAUCUUAUUCUUUAUGCAUUUGUAUAUACGCCAUUGAAGCAGAUUCAUCCGGUCAACACAUGGGUUGGGGCUGUUGUCGGUGCCAUUCCACCACUUCUAGGGUGGGCUGCAGCUUCUGGCCAGGUUUCAUUGAAUGCAAUGAUUCUUCCUGCUGCACUGUAUUUUUGGCAAAUACCACACUUCAUGGCCCUUGCUUAUUUGUGUCGCAAUGAUUAUGCUGAUGGAGGGUUUAAGAUGUUCUCUCUUGCUGAUCCUUCUGGUCAAAGAACUGCCUCAGUGGCUCUUAGGAACUGUCUGUAUCUGGUUCCAUUGGGUUUUUUAGCAUAUGACUGGGGUGUGACUUCUGGUUGGUUUUGUCUUGAGUCAUCACUCUUGACUCUAGCAAUUAGUGCCUCAGCGUUUUCAUUCUACCAAGACCGAACAGUACAUAAGGCUAAGAGGAUGUUUCAUGCCAGUCUACUGUAUCUUCCUGUAUUUAUGUCUGGGCUUUUGUUUCACCGUCUCUGUGGAGAAAGUGAGCUUCCAUCAUCCUUGGAAGCUAAAGUACUAGACUCUGGAACUGAUAAUCAGAAGAGCAAAAGAAGGCAUACAAUUGCUGGUACACAAGCACGUGCACCUGUGGCAUAUGCUUCUAUUGCACCAUUUCCUUUUCUGCCAGCACCUUCAUAUUCUGUUCCCUAAUAUGUUCAGUGUCUGGCUGUUAGUGUUGCUUUAAUCCAAUAAAGUAGGAAGGCAACUCUAAAAGUUGGGCACUGGCCCGCUCUCUGGUGAUCUUUUGUUGGAUUACCUUUUCUUGUCAUUUUGAUGAUUAGGAUGGUAGUUUGUCUUUUGAGUUUGAUAAAAAUUAAGCAAUUUCUUAUAGAUGAGGUUUAUCUUUCACGAGCAUGUUAUAAGAACUGGUAUUAGACCACCGGAGGGUUGUUCCCAACAGAAGAAUGGCGGGCGCUUCACACUUAAGUAGGACUUCAUAGCGGGUGGGGUUAGUCUUGUGCUCUUGAAGUGAUAUUUUUUUUUUUUUUUUUUGUCAAUUGCUCUUGAAGUGAUAUGGGACUGUGCAACUUUAUUACUGUAUUUGUGAUGUAUAUUAAAAAAAUAAUUAUUAAACAAAAUAAAUUCCAAGGAAACAGCCCUUGGCAAAGCGGUUAUUUUUUUA